GCGAGCUCGACAUUGGCGAUCUUCCCGUACGUCAGUUAGACUCAACAGCGGCUAAAGUUGAGCAGUUCGCAGACGCCAUCAUGCAUCAUCCUCUCAAUGUCACCAACAACCUCUUCGAUACGUUGUACAAGUACUGUUGUGAGAACAAGUUCGCACAGCUGCCCGAGCCAUUCAAUCUCAGCGAUCCCAACGGCUCCUACGUCCACAUUUUCAAGCACAUCUACCUUCACAAAAACAAGGUACCUGCGUCAGAUUGUAAACAGCUUCGCUUCUGGAUCAUCAAGCCUAAGUUUGAGAAAAAGAUCACCUUGGACCAGCAGGCACGCGAUGAGGGCUACAAGUUCACUCGAGAUUUCGGGCCCAAGAGCAGCAACCGAAAUCAGUUCAUGGAGUGGACAGAUGAGCAUAUCAACACUCCAGGCAGCAAAAUCGAGGGAUGGCCUGAAGGUAAAGUGAAAGAGGCACUCCACAACUACAUGCGUGGCAGGCAGAACGCAAAGACUCUGGAGUACUGGCCAUUUACCUUGAGAUCCUUCACCCCUUGGUUCUUUGAUCUAGUAUUCACAAAAAUGCUGCCAACUAUGCGCCAACACUCCAUCACCUGGAUCAGGCGCACACGCACAGGCAAGUCGCUCGGAUCCAAGACGAUACUGCUUGCGCAAUCCAAGUAUGAGAUUGACUUGGCUGAACGGGUUGAUUUUGUACCAUCAAUUGUCACCGCCAAGCACUUGGACUUCUUUAAAGCAGAACCGCUUACGCGCUUCAAGCCGGGUGUCUUCAAUGACGGCAUGCUCCAGAGAAUGGAUGCCUCGUUCCUCAAGGAAGAGGACGCCACGGUGUGGGCUCGUUACUCGUCCGCUCACUUCGAGCAAGGCGCCGGGCGUCAUGCUUGUAAUAAAUCUUAUGAUCGUGACGCUGACGAAAAGUUCUUCAAGACGAUGGACGCCAGCAAGUUUUGGGAGAUUUCGCACGACGAGUUCCUAACUUUGAUCGCUCCAUCUUUCACCGCUGUUGACGAUAAGGAGGAUAUGGACGCCAUCCUCGCCCGCGCCCACAUGAUCAUCAUCACAGACAGCGGCGUGUACUACCGGGUGGCAACCACUGACAAGCGCCCUGUCACCUUCAUUCCUUGGGGCAAUGAACCUAAGGAUCUGCUUGCCGCCUCCCAGCACGAGAUUUUCAGGGCUUACAAGUUGAAUCCACAUCUUCAUCAGCUUCCUCCAUCGUACCACGAAGACUCCGCAUGGUCACAACGGCCUCCCCAGCAAGUUCGCCCUGUACUUCUUUCAAAAAGUGAUCUUCGUCAGAAGGUGAAGAAGGAGAACAGCGACCAUGCCUUCCGCACCUUGAAGAACACUGGUCCUCACACUAUCGAUUUGGAUUCUCCCUCGCCAUCUCCGCAAAAGCGAGUUAACGAGGAAAGCCAUCGUGAAGAUUCGUCUCGCUCCUCCAAGAUUGCCCGCAGCAAUGGUCUCGCGUCUGUUGCGGAUGACACACAGGGUCCUGACCACGUCGCCGAUGACGUAGAGAAGGAGUUGGGCAAGGUUAUGAGCCAUGAGAUGGACAUCGAUACUACGCAGGAGUAG